AUGCACUUGACGAGCAAAUUGGAUCAUGAUAAUGCUCUAUGCCUCGACGAGAAUUACUCGUCCAUAUCAAAUGAUUCACCUUCCUGCCCCAACUACUGUCCCGACAAGUCACUCAAUUCUCGACCGCCUCUGUUGGCGAUUGGUGUCCAUAUGGAAGUUGAUAAUCCGCAACAGGCUCUACAAAGCCUGCUAUCCGCCGUUUUCGAGGACAAUCCUGACUUGAAGCAGAGGAUAGACAAUCUGGACACGCUAAGCGUCUCGGAUGCCGUUCGAGAACGCUGCUCGCUAGAGAAGGAAUUCCCGAAGUCGGUGGAGAGAGUAUUGACAGCUCCACAACAUCGCAGUCUCGAGCCAUACAUAUCCGAGCUUGCGGAAUUCAAUUACAAAGAUACCGGGGAAUCUCUUGCGGAGUUUAUCUCGCCGUUGGUUCUAAGCCAUGCCAUCGACUCCCCUUGGAUCUUGGAGGUCGAGAGGAUGCAUAGCUUUAGGCUUCGCUGUCAAUCGAAAGCUGGCAAAUCUCCUCGCGAGGCUCUUUUUAUUCCCUCCACCCACAACGAGGAAGACCCUUUCGCCUAUGACGACCUUCUUCCUAGAGACCACGCAGACCCCGCGGUUCCUGUCAGACAAUCGAAAACGGUGGUAUUGCCCCGUCCAUCCAUGUUACCUGCACAACUGAACUCGGCGCAUAAUUUCCAUGGAGACCCCGGCUUUGAGAAUGAUCUUUCGUUCCAGUUAGAUUGCCUUCUGGGCGUUGCAGGGACGAACCAAUUGGACCCGGAGGCCCUACAGAAAGUCGACUACACUGAUCCCCGCGUCCACGAGACAGUUCUCCGAGGAUUUCGAUCUCACGUCAGUUUUGAGAGAAGAGUAGAAUCUAAGGUUGGCAUAAGCAAAGGGGAACGCAAAAUUCGAGCGGUCAUAUUCAGCAACCGCGAUUCCCUGGAUGAUCAUGAAGUAUUUCUUCGCAUUACCAAGGUGAUGGAUACUUUAGAGACUGCCAUUCUCCUUUGCCAGAAGAAGGGCAUUUGUCUAUUUGGCAUCCCCUUUUUUACACGACAUUCGUUGGUACCGAGAAGUGCCGAGAGUGAACACUUGUCCCUCACUCUUGUUGCGAUAUCCACGGUGGAGAGGUUCUUUACGGGAUUCAGAUCUCUUAAAGGAUUCUAUAUGCGAUCGCGGGAGACAGUGGCACCAGUAGCUGUGUUAGCAGCUGCGUCACUCGGAAUCUGGGGGCUGGCAAUCACAGCAGGUCUCGGACUCGCAGCACUCCCACUCAUAGGAAUCGGGGCUGGAUUUGCAGCAACUGGAGCUUCAGAAUGGCCAGAAAGUAAAGAGCGGCAUCGUAGCUUCGAAAUUGUUGUUGAGAUGGUCGCUGACAUUUUACGGGCAUGUGGAAUUAAAACGGGUCUACGAUUUCCUCCGACGAAAGAAGGCUUUUCUCGUCUUUUGCAUUAUUCCUCCUUGGCCGUCCAGUGCCUAAGCUUGGGAAUUCAACUAUCUGCUCGCGGACUCACAUUGCCCCUAGACUCAGCCUUGCUCGAACACAACGUCGACGAAUUUGUACUGCAGGGCAUAACUGCCGAGCCUGCAGUCUACGUCAUCGAGCAGGAAAUAACUUGCCUCGGUGGUAUUUUGCCUAGCCACCGGGUACCGGUUUUCGGAGCACGAAGGCAUUCCGUCUCGGACUCAGUAGAUGUCGUGACGUCUGUCAGAGAUCUGUUGUCAGUAUGGGGCCCUGGAGCGGUAGAGUUUACGGAGACUCCCCCCGAGGGUAAUUCACAACCUUGGAGAAUUAUUAGGAUUAACAUUGGCGGCGGAGUCCUCUUCCCUGUUGAAAACCAAGGCUGGUCAUCGGUGUAUCGCUGGCACUGGACCGAUGGCAAUGGCACUGGGUCUCAAAAGGCGACCAUGGACUCGUAUUUUGCAGUCGACCUUAACACUAAAAUUAGAGUUGGAGGAUUCGGCUCAGACGUCGUCACUACUUCUUCUACAUCGACGGUCACUCGCGCCGUACUUCCCCUUGCGCGACGGCCCAACGCCACUCCUCCUGGAACUUUCAUGGCUAUUGGGCCUUCAUCCAUCAAUCCAGCCUGUAGAUUCUCCACCUGGACGGCUGACGCAACACGACGGCGGUACAUGUCUCACCAUCUAAGGGACAUAGGCACUCAUCGCCCGUUUACGGCAUUCGCUGGUUACGAUGUCGGGCCGCAAAUCGGAAGCUAUCUUUUGCUUCAAUUGAUGAGAAAAUACGAAAGAAGGCCAGGAACUACACUUAAGGAUACAAUACUUCAGAAGUGGGAUGGAAUGCCUCAGUUCCUCAGAGGCCUUGACAAGCCUUGCGGUCUAUUUGUUAGUAGCUGCACCAAGGUGAUAGCUCGAGCUAGGCUUCGCGACCUGAUAGCCUUCGCAGGUCCGCUAGUACUUCCCGAAGCGUUUCCACUUUUACUCGGCCAAGGCCAAGAGGACUCUAUAGCCUCCUGGGUUCACGCCUUGCGAGGAUCUGAGGACUUAUACGACUGGGCAAGAAACCAGAGGACUGAUCAAGGAAAUGGCCUGGCUUCGGCGGAUGGGUCGGCCAAAGUUAAGGAUCUUAUCCUUGGUGUGUUGCGAAUCCUGGAGCCCACCGGUAUCACGGCCAGCGGUUUGCUCAGCACGGCUUGGGUAUCACCACACGAAGUAAUCAAUGUGGUCUCCAGCCGUUGCCGACGAGGCUCGUGGCUUGCCCUCCUCGCGGAUAGUGAAUUCUCGGCCACGUUUGCAUGUGUCACGCCUUUGUGCCUGAAUACUCGAGAUCGUCGUUGCCUCAGCGAAACAAGCUCGCCUUGGCAUUGUAGUUUUGAGAGUGGGCUGGAAGAUUUUACUCUGUCCACUCGUAUUUCUCAGUAUGCCGACCUUCCUAGUGGCAACACAUCUGAAGCUUACAAUGGCGUGGAGUUAGAGGUGGGUCAAAGCUACCUUAUCAACACGCAGGAUUUUGAGACGGCAGCAAAGCUUCUCGAGGUGGACGAAACAGACGAGCCGUUUUACGUUUUCGAAGUGAAGAAGGCUGCUCUCGUCACAGUUUUUGUCAAGAGAUUGUAUAUGAAAGGAAGGGGAAGGUUUAUCCGAGAGAGUAACGACGAGAACUCGCGUCCUUGUCUGAUAAUUGGAAAUAACUGA